AUGGGACACGCGCUGUCCUUUGAAUGCCGCGUGUAUACCUCCUCUUUUCAGACAUUACACCUGGCCAGGACUGCUCACAUGUUGAACCACGAUAAAAGUAUCGUGAACGCGCAGUCCCUGAGAAUUUACAGGGCGGCUUUCCUGAUGGUGUCCGUGGUGUCGGUGGCCACCAUUGUGGCGGGCCUUAUCUUCGGCUUCAUCCUGGGCGUCGCCAACUAUCGCUCCUACGUGAGGCCUACGCAGCGAAACACCGCUUGUAACAUGGGAGGCAUCGUGCUCAUCUCCAAUGCGGGUCUCAUGUGGGCCACGUGUGCCUUCAUCCCGGUGCUGCUGACGUUCUGCUUUCCUCUGGCGGCUAUGCUCGAGGCUUACGUCUGCGAGCCAUACGACGAACAAGACGGAACCAGUCUGGACGGGGCCGCACAAUACUUAUUUAAUAUUCCAAAGGGGAAACUCUUCCAGUACUUCACUCCGAGCAACAUACUUGGGAAAUGUAACGAGAAAACUGCCUACGCAGGCCUUUCGCACCUGUCGCUUUCUCCGCUGGAAGAACUUAACGCUCAACGAUUCCGGCAAGAACUUUUCGACAAAGAUGGAACGCAAAGUCCGAAAGAAUACGUCAAGAGCUCUACGAUAAAGGCUGUCAACAAGUACGCUAAAACCAUAAUGACAAACGUAGGCCAGGAUCACCUUAUGGACGAGGAAUCUGUAAAAACUUUAAGUGCCUCCACGGACAAGCUAGUGGCUUUGAAGGACCCGUCCACUAAUAUAGACGUCGCCAUCGCCCAGGAAGUCAUUCUCUUUCUAAACGACUCGUUAUGGAAAGCGGAGGAGAUAAGGAAGCAAGCGAUCGAAACGCUUCAUACGCACGUGGGAGACUGCGCGGUCGCUCGGAGGGUGGCGUCCAUCGGGUUUCUUGUUGCGUGCCGAAUAGUGUCCGACAAUAUGAACGGCCUGUGGCUGUCGCUGGUGUGCUGCCUACUGAGCAUGUUGGCCGCGAUUCCGGUGACGCUGAUGAUCUCCCGGUACUUCCUGCGCAUGCACCGUUACAUGGUGGAUGGCCAGGCACCCGACGAUGAGGUUCGAGGCGAUCUGGAAGCCAGGAUGAAGCAGGAAAAGCAUCUCAAGUGA